UUCCGUGUUUGUAUCCAUUCAGUGGUUGCUGCCUGUGGUGGGGCCGCGCGGAGUUCGGGGAGCGGGGACACGCGGGAGGUGCCGCCGCCGCUGCUGCUAAUUGGAUUUCUGGUUACGCAGCCCCAUUGAGGAGGAGAAGAGGCGGCAGCAGCAGCAGCCGUGCAUGCUCCUCUAGUCCGAGGCAGUCAUCAGACCCCGUUCUCCGGCCACGCUUCUCCCGUCCUUUUCCUCAAUGAUAGAGAAGCUGAGACCCGUGCACCCCACGUCGGACAUGGCGGUCAGCAAGUCGGUGACCUGGCUGAAUGAGCAGCUGGAGCUGGCCAACGAGCGCCUACUGCUCAUGGACUGUAGACCGCAGGAGCUCUACGAGUCUUCCCACAUCGAGGCGGCCAUCAACGUCGCCAUCCCUGGUAUCAUGCUGCGGCGGCUGAAGAAGGGCAACCUGCCCAUUCGCUCGCUCUUCAACCGCGGAGAAGACCGGGACACGUUCGCCAGCAGAUGCGGUUCGGACACGGUCAUCCUGUACGACGAGAACAGCAGCGAGUGGAAUGAGAACACGGGCGGGGAGACCGUGCUGGGGCUGCUGAUGAAGAGGCUCAAGGACGAGGGAUGCAGGGCUUUCUACCUGGAAGGUGGUUUUAACAAAUUUCAGUCAGAGUUCCCUGUACAUUGUGAAACCAAUCUGGAUAGCUCCUGCAGCAGCAGUUCUCCCCCAGUACUAGGUUUGGGAGGUCUCCGAAUCAGCUCAGAUUCUUCUUCAGAUAUUGAAUCUGACAUUGAUAGAGACCCCAACAGUGCAACAGACUCUGAAGGCAGUCCCCUCUCCAAUACACAACCUUCAUUCCCAGUUGAAAUACUGCCCUACUUGUACCUCGGCUGUGCUAAAGAUUCAACUAAUCUGGAUGUUUUAGAAGAGUAUGGUAUUAAGUACAUUUUGAACGUGACUCCAAACUUGCCUAACCUCUUUGAAAACGCUGGGGAGUUCAGGUACAAGCAGAUUCCCAUAUCGGACCAUUGGAGCCAAAAUCUAUCUCAGUUUUUUCCCGAAGCUAUCUCCUUUAUUGAUGAGGCACGAGGAAAAAGUUGUGGUGUCCUAGUUCACUGCUUGGCUGGGAUUAGUCGUUCAGUCACGGUCACAGUAGCCUAUCUCAUGCAGAAGUUGAACCUCUCCAUGAAUGAUGCCUAUGACAUUGUUAAGAUGAAGAAAUCGAACAUCUCUCCCAACUUUAACUUCAUGGGCCAACUGCUGGAUUUUGAAAGAACAUUGGGACUUACUAGUCCAUGUGACAAUCGGGUCCCACCUCAACAGUUAUAUUUCACAAGUCCAGCCAAUCAAAAUGUCUUUAAGGUAGAUUCUUUGCAGUCUACGUGAGAAGGAAUCGCUGAAGUUUAUUGGCAAUAAUCAUUCCUAUAAAGAAGUUUCUCUUUAAAUCUGUUGAGUCAUUGACAGGUGUCAUUGCUUGUAUGGGGUCAUACCUGCGAAUCCAAGAUUAUUGAAGUUGCAGUAAGAGAGGUGAUUAGUUUAGUCUCUGAAUAUGGAGAAAAGAAGCCUUGGAGGCCUCAGAUUUAUUUGGCAAGCUUACAUGAGAGCACUGCCUUGGUGAUGAAAUGGCAUGAGAUCCCAAAAACAUACCAGUUGAACAGAUGUUAAUCCAUGAAAGAUUUGAAAGAACAAUAUACAUAUAUACUGUAUCCUUGUCUUCUGUGAAGACUGGUUCUCCUGAAACUGAAAGGAGCCAAAGAAAUGCAUUUAAACUUCUGAUUAAUCUGAAGUAUUGUUUUUAAUUUACAGAAUACUGUAAAUAUUCACUUUUAUAUGUAGCAGUGUCAAUAUUUUUACCUUUUUAAAAUGAGAAAUGAGGUGAAUGGAAUGUUUCAUAAAUGGCGUUCAGAAAAUGUGUAGCAGAGACUGUGCUAGUUGACAUUCUACUCUUGAUGACCAUCAUGGGAACUAUAAUUUGACUGCAGUUAUAAUGUUAACUGUUGCUCUACUGUUGGAAUGAGGAUUGUGUACUUAUGCACAAAAUUGAGUUGUCAAUUUACAAUUGUAAUCUAAAUAUUCACUUUAAUGUAUUUUUUUUUCUUUCCUCUUUGUGAACCACUUAUUUUCAACCCUUUAAUUGCUCUUAAACUUAAUGUAGAUUUCUUUUAUUUUUGUGGUGGGGGGGUGUCUCCACAAUUGUUGUCCAUAAUUUUUUUUUAAUUUCCCCUCUCCACCUCUGGACUAUGGAAACUGGAAGUAUGUAUGUACCAGUGGCUUGCAAAGCUUAGAUUGCACAUUUAUUGCCAAUAAGGGAGAUGCACUGCACUCCUUAAUGUCCACGGAAUAAGAUUUUAUCUUUAAAUUAUUAAUAAAUCACUAUUUUGUUUAUUAAA